CUUGCGCGGAUUUUUUGACGGGUUGCUUAGAUACAAAAGUAUGUUUUGAUAUUUAUAUUCGCAUUUAAUUUUCUCUUUUACAUUACUUUUAGGACGACCAAUAACUCUGAAUCUCAACCAAAUACUCAAAUAUGGCAAAGAACGAACCUAAAAUUCAAGCUAACAAUGACAUGGAGAAGAAAAUUAUGGAGGAAUUUGAAGUGUUCGAUCAUUCAGGGAAGCAAGUAGUCGACGUGCGUGAGAUAGGCACUAUACUGCGAUCUCUGGGGUGUUGCCCAACGGAAGCGGAAGUGCAGGAAGUGAUACUGGCCACAGAGAACAAGGAAGCCACCGGAAACAUUCCUCUUAGUAACUUCCUUCCGUACAUGUGCAAAGUGUUAAUGGAGCACAGGUAAUCA